UGAAUUUGCACAACAUGGCAGCAUAUCAAUGGGUCAAUUCAUUUUCACAAUCAGGGAUUCCAACAAGUGCACUUGAUGGAGGUGUCGACAUUGACGGCCAUCAAAUUUAUGUCGGAAGAGCAUAUCAUAAUGGAGAAUGGAUACCAGGAAAAGUUAUACCUGGAAGAAAUAUUGCCUACAUUGCCAGUGAAGGAAAAGAAUAUCGCAAAGAUCGUUUUCAAGUAUUAUGUGAACAAAGAUUUGAUUGGGUAAAAGUCACGAACGGAAACAUACCAACAGAGGCUGUUGAGGGAGGCAGAACAAGUGAUGGCAAAUUAUUAUACAUUGGGAGAGUAGUAUAUGGAGGAUCCAACACUGUUGGAAAGGUCUCCUCAGAAACAAAAUUAUGCUACAUUCCUUUCAGUGGAAAAGAAUUAGAAUUUAAGGAAUAUGAAAUUCUCGUGCUUAGAACUUAAAGUUCUUUUAUCAUUAUUAUAUUAUAUUUACAUUUAUUAUUAUUAUGUUAUUGUUUAACAUACAUUGCAAAUGCAUUAAUUGAGCUAUGAAUAUAUUUAUAAUGUUUGG